UAAAAAGCAAUUAAAAUAUAUUUUUCAAUUCUACAUAUAAUAUAAUAAUUAUAAAAUUUAAUGAAUAUCAUACUUUUAGAAAAAAUAAUUCUUAUUGAUUUAAUACUGAACAUCUUUCAUAAAAUAUUCUUUCAGUUUUUCUACUGCUUUGCUGCGAUGUGAAAUUUGAUUCUUCAUUUCUUUCGGUAAUUCUGCAUAAGUUUUAUCUCCACCUAAAGGUUGGAAACAUGGAUCCCAACCAAAAUCUCGCGGACCUCGAGGGCUCACGAUAGUUCCUUGGGUUCUACCUUGAAAUAGUAACACCGAAUCUUUCGGUUCUCCGGCGCAAUAGGCAAAAGUGCAAACCGCUUCCGCACUUUUAUCUUCCCAACCAUGAAGCAUUUGGUAUAAGCCUUCAGGUCCCAAUUUAUCUAAGAACCAUUUAAUAUAAGGUCCAGGUAAACCUUUCAUUGCAUUAAAACAUAAACAUGUAUCUUCAAUAAUAACAGGACCUUUUAUUAGAUCUGCCGCUGCUCGACAUUUACUUCUGCAAAUAUCAUCUAUCUCUCCCUGAUAUUCCGGAAGAUCGAUCUUUUUACUUGUAAUUUCUCGUGAAAAAUUAUUUCCCAGGAUAGCUACAAAUUCCUCCAGUUUUUUUGCAUUUCCAGUUACGAAGACUACUGGUUUCGACAUUCUUCACAAUUAUUACCACCUUACAGUAAUUGAGACCCGAAUAAAACACGUGCGAAUCAAUGUUUUCUCAACAGUGCUGCUAACUAUAAUUUCUCGUCUUAUAUUAACUAUAAAAAUAUUUUUAUAAUUUUCUAGAGAACAUAAAUUUUAUAAAAAUUUUAUUUGCCUAGUGUUAUCUCGUUCGAAAAAUACAAAUUGAAAAUAUUAUAGAAAAAUUGCAUAUUCUUUAAUUAACCUUAAAUUGAUUUUAGAUUAUCACGCAACUAGUUUCUUUUUACUACAAUUAUUAUUAUAUUUUGAUUUUGAAAAAUAAUUAUAAUUUAAUUUCUUAUAAAGGCAUAAUUAAUACAUUUUCCUAAAAGUGGUUCUUCUAGUGUUUACUUCUGGUGUAAAAGGGUCUUUUGUAAAUGUACAGUGAAUGACUUGGAUGUUAUUUCUAUUGUGACUACAUUCACUAAGCAAAGUCGAAGAAAUUGCUCAAAAAUGCCGAGUCAAGAGGUUGUAACUACGAAAGUAGUGGUGCACCCUUUAGUUUUAUUAAGUGUGGUGGACCAUUUUAAUCGUAUGGGAAAAAUUGGCAAUCAAAAAAGAGUUGUUGGUGUUCUUUUAGGAUGUUGGAGGGCUAAAGGCGUUCUUGACGUAUCAAACAGUUUUGCAGCCCGUGAAAAGGUAGUAGGAUGGUAUCAUACCGGUCCCAAAUUACAUCAAAAUGAUGUUGCAAUUAAUGAAUUAAUUAGAAGAUAUUGUCCUAAUUCGGUUUUGGUCAUUAUUGAUGCUAAACCCAAAGACCUUGGUCUUCCAACAGAAGCAUAUCAAGCUGUUGAAGAAGUUCAUGAUGAUGGUUCUCCAACAUCUAAAACAUUUGAACACAUCCCUAGUGAAAUUGGUGCAGAAGAAGCGGAAGAAGUAGGUGUAGAACACCUACUGAGAGAUAUAAAGGAUACCACAGUCGGUACUCUUAGUCAAAGAAUUACAAAUCAACUAUUAGGUUUAAAAGGUCUUCACGAACAAAUUAGAGAAAUUAGAGAUUAUUUGCUACAAGUUGGUAGCGGUAAAUUACCUAUCAAUCAUCAGAUUGUUUAUCAACUCCAAGAUAUUUUUAAUUUACUACCCGAUAUGACACAGAGUAGCUUCGUUGAUUCACUGUAUGUGAAAACAAAUGAUCAAAUGUUAGUUGUGUAUCUUGCUGCUCUUGUUAGAUCCAUAGUGGCUUUACACAACUUGAUCAAUAAUAAAUUAACCAAUCGCGACGCUGAAAAAAAAGAAACCGAUAAAAAAGAGACAAAAAAAGAUGAGAAGAAAGAAGAAGAGAAAAAGGACGAGAAAGAUAAAAUAAAGAAUAAAAGUCAGUGAAUAAAGUGAAAUUGAGACUAAUUUGUGUGAUUGAGACUGUUAACAUUGCAAAGAAGUUCACAAAAUUUGCAAAAUUUGUUCAUACAUGUACAAAUGAAUUUUGUGCUUGACAAACGAUUUCAAAAUAACACCAAAAUAAUUCGGAUGCAUCUUUGUUCUUAAAGUGUUCUACCAUAAUACGAUAUAUACAUUAGAUAAAAGAUAUGAUAGUAAAAAUGCAGUUACAUAUUUUCAUCAUUUAUAGUAAAACACGAAUUAUAAUAAACACAUUGCACAAUUAAGAAUUUUAAUAUUAAACAACGUUUACAAGGCAUAAUACAAUUGUGUUCACUGAUCGUUUUUUUGUUUCACAUUAGAAAUGAGCAACUGCUUCGAACUACUUAUAACUUUUAUAUAAUGUAUCGGUAAGAGAAAUUCAUUCAUAAUUUUUUCAUAAACUAAUAUCGUUCAAUUGUCGUUCGAGGUCGUUGAAACAUGUCGAUGUUUUCUAUAUUAUCUGAAAGUAGCAGAUAAGAUUAAAAUUGUAAGAUGCAAUUCUUAGGUAUUACAAACAUAUUUUCUAGAGAAUUUGAGCUUUCUUAUUAAUACUGCGUUAUUAAUAAAAAAUUGAUCAUUCGAACUCAUAACUUCAUUUAUUUUUGGUUAAUAGAAAAAGCAUCAGAACCAUCACGAGAUGCAUAAUAAGUCAAUUAUGCAUUUCUGCCUAUUAUAAAAUCUCAUAUUUUAGGCGCGAAGCACAAUAUUACGAACCCUAAAACAAACUUUUAUGGUCAUACUACCUGUUUUUCGUAAUUAGAACACUCUUUGACAUUGAUCCAAUAGCACUUGGAUUCUCUUCGUCGAUUGAUAUUUUGCACGUAAUUAAAAAUACUUCAAAUAUUAAUUAUUUAAUAAAUUCAUUGUGCUGAAGAUAUUUUAUCUGUAUUUAAUCUUCCAUGUUUUUAUAUGAAAAUGUACAAAAUAAGAGAGAGAUAUAUUUGACCCAAUAAAGUCCAUCGAGCCGCA